UAAACAUUGAUUUUUUUUAAAUUUCGACGAAUCGCGUCAGUUUUUCGAUUAUUUUACCAACAAAAAAUAAUCAUUGUAUUUCUUUUUAAAAUCAAAAUGAGAGUCUAUGUGUAAACUUCCAGCAUUCGAGAUUGUUACUGUGAAUCUUUAGCGAACGCUUUUCAUUGUUCGAAAAUGUCCGCAAAUUUACCAACAUAUUUCACAGAUAGUGGUGGAACAUCUGGAGAAUACGUGAACAGUAGUCUUGUUUUAACUAAAGUGGAAUCUUUGCCGUGUACUCAGACUACAUGUGACAUUGGGAAUGGAUCAAAUGAACAAGUACCGGAUUCAAGCGGUAAAGGAAAAUCUAAGCGAAAAAAACGAGUCGAAGUCACCAAACGGGAACAGCAACGAAAACUCAGCCGGGUUGCACGGCGUGAGGCUCGGUACGUAAUCCAGGAAAAAUGCAGCUGCCAUCUGUCCUGUUUGAGUAAAAUGACUUUCGAGCAUCGGGUUUCAUUGAACGAGCGCUAUUGGCAGAUGGAUCACAAGGAGCAGAAAUACUUCAUCCGGUGUCACUCGGUUCCGGGACAGGUUAAGCGAAGACGGGUCCUGCCGGAUCCGUUGUUCGGACCGCAGCAGGUGAAAAAGUCAGUCACCUAUUCGUUCUUCCUGCCGGACGAAAAGGGUGAAAUGCAAACGGUUUGCUGUGGAUUCUUUCUAAAUACGCUUGGCUAUCGGAAAGGGUGUGGAAACCACAUUUAUAGGGCUCAUAUGAAAGAGGCAGAUGAAGACAAACGCGGCAAAUAUAGACGCGAUCAAUCUCUGAGGGAUGCCAUAUGGGACGACAUACUUUCCUAUUCUCCAAGAACCUAUCACAAGGGUUCGAAAUUCAGUGCCACUGCAAUUUAUCUUCCGUCUCGAUUGAAUGCCAAAAUGAUGCACGCUGAUUUCAAAGCACGUCGGGAAGCGAUUGGUGAAAAAGCGGGUUGUCCAAGCUUCUACUGUAUGAUGGUGCGUGAAAUAGAUCUCCACUUCGUUGAAAUGGAUGACUUUGUAAUACCGGAACGCAAACCUCUUGUUAAGGUUAACAAAUCGGAAACCCCACCACCCAUGCCGACAGUUUCACAGAUUGAAAAUUCGCCAACGAGGUCGACCACGGCAGCAGAAACUGAAAUAACGACUAAACACAUUUAUCAGAUGCCUCCACCAGACGUCACACCACAGUUUGCUUAUCCAUCUGCGCCUCAGCAGACUUAUCAGGACGUGUAUCAAUAUCCUGCUGAAAGCAAACCCGUCAUACAUUCGUAUCCCGAGAUUCCGCCUUCACCCAACGUUCCUUUUCAACCAUUCGAAAUGGCGCUCAUCAAACAAGAACCGUACUAUAACAUUAUGUCGGUUGAAUCUGUAACGGUUCCCGAGCAUAGUUGCACAGAUGAAAACGACGACUUUUCCGAUUCUUAUACUCAGCCAGACGCGGACUUCGCAGAAGCGGAAUAUUCUCAGCCAACACACUUAGAAUCAAAGCCCUUCGUCACAACUCAUUUGCAUGUGGAAAUCGAUGAAAAAACAUCCAUAUAUCCGCCAACCGAACCAAAGCCAGUUGAACAAACUGUCAAAUCUGAGCCAGACUCUAGUAAUGUUCCCUCAGCACCUCCCAAAGAACCUAAACAAUCCAAGCAACGAAAACCCCGGGUAAAAGUCCUAGACCAACCCGUUAAGAUUCCGGACAACCAUCCGCCCAUAGAAGGAACUAAGCGGCAUGUCAAAAGAGUCCACAACUUUUUCAAACGUAAACAAACGCACCCUGUAGUGCAGAAAGAAUGCACCUGCCAUCUGGAAUGUCGGGGCAAAAUUUCGCAUGAACACCAGGCCCGCAUCAACGAUCAGUACUGGAGCAUGGGAUUCGCGGACCAGCGGAUGUUUACGCUGGAGCAUACCGAACGACACGCGGUCAAGCGACGCCGAACGAAACUGGCCGAGCACGAGAUCAUUAGGAAGGGUUACACCUAUUCCUACAGACUGACGGAUGAAAACGGCAAAUACCAGACCGUGUGCUGCCAGUUCUAUCUAAACACAAUCGGGUUCGACGCCGGUAGUGGAAACAUUAUCUACAGAGCACACAAUGUCGAGUUGAGUAAAGCCAUCACGGACAAGCGGGGUCGAUUCGCGCGGGAUACGACACUGCGGGAUAGCAUGGACGACGACAUUCUUUCUUACUUCAGCCCGGAGCAGCAAAGUAGCAGGGGCGUUCUAGAUCUCACCCAUACGGAUUGGACGCCGAAGAAAAUGUUCAACCAAUACGUUCAGCGCCAAGCGGCAAUCGGAAAUGAUAAGCCAGGCAGUUUUGGCUUCUUCUGGCGAAGAACGAGAGAAUUGAAGGUAAAGUUCAAUCUGCCGGAACCCAAAACUCCCGGCAGCAAAAAAAGGACACGCCAAAAGAAGACUUCUACUCCUAAAGAAGUCCCCCUACAGUGCUUAAUGCCGCUAGCACCGCCACCGCAACAGGUGGACGGUUAUGUGGCAUCUGUGGUGUACACCAAUCUGGGUCCGUAAACGUCUGUGAAUAUUGUAAGGUGGAAUUAUGCAAUAGUACUAUUAUAGUAUUUAUAUGAUAAAGUAAAAAAAAAAACUUUCAUGUAAACUAUCAGCAGGUAGAUAUUACCUGCAAAA